GUCAACUAACCAAGCAAUAUAACAUGAAUAAAAAUCGAAGUAUUGCGUGAUGAGUUUUGAGGAAUAUCCACUGGUUGCUUUGGCUGAAACAACUAAAGAAUACGUAAAAGAAGUAAAAAUUGAGGACACACAGAUAACAAGCAGUGAAUGCGAGCCCAAAGAGAAAGUAAACAUACACGAUGAAAAGAAAAGAAAAAAUUCGUUGCUGCGACGACUGCCGAGUUUUCAAACAAAGCUGAGGCCAAACUUAGGAAAAUUUCGGAACAGCAUGGACAAAAUAAAUUGUUUUAAAACCACAGACGAUGAUGAAGAAGAAGAGCAGGCUCCUAUAAUGGACGUACCUAGAUAUAAAAGCAUUGAUUUGGAUAUUGAUGUUAGUUUAGCGCGGCGAGUGUCUCUAUUCAUUUUUACAAAAAGAACACCUUGUAUGCAUCCGUAUCAUCCUUAUACGCCUGCUCAAACAACCAGAAAAAUAUACUGUAUCACAGAGGAAAAUGAUUAGAAACAUCCACUUAACUAAAUGGUUUGCAUGUUUUGUAGUAGUGAUUUUUGUUAUGAGCAGCGGGACUCUGGAUCGAAAACAAUCAUCAGUCGUACUACUCGCUGGUAGGUAUUUGAAAUAGCCAACCUAGAGGAAUGAUACAAUACGAUAUUUGAUAUAAAGAUAUCAAUAUUAUAACAAAUAUGGAUCCGUUACAUAACUACGAAAAUACCAACGAAAAUAGGAAAUCAUGUGAGAGAUUGUAACAUCAGAUGAAGAGUUUUAGAUGUGUCACUUUAAAAUAAAUUGUAAAAUUGGUACAAUUUGAGAUUAUUAAAACAAAUAA